AUGGCAGCCUCCAGCCGUGCACCAGAUCUGUACCCAGAGAUGCUGAGAAACAGCAAGCAUUUCAGCACCUACAAUUACAGAACUUAUGCUAUCAGGAGGAUAAGCGGUGCCUUCAGAGGAAGUAAGAAGGUAAAAGAUCCUGUAGAAAUUCAGACUCUAGUGAAUAAAGCCAAGAGAGUCCUGGAAAGGAUUCGUCGACAGGUCCACAUGGGCCAACUGUAUUCCACUGACAAGCUUAUCAUCGAGACGCAGAAGCCUGAGACCUAAAGAACAGAACCACCAGGCACCAUCAGCAACCACAGACCACCUCCAGCACCCACUCUGUGCUCGGGAUUGCGGCUCCCAAAGGGCCACAA